GCCCAGCUGCAGAAGCGGCCACCACCUCCAAAGCACAAGGUAGCUCAUCUGAAAAGAAACCUGAGCUCCAGGGAAGCGGCACUGAGCGACCCGGGCAGGGCAGGAGAGCCCGGAGCGGGCGGGCACUAGUCAGCGCGUGAGGACCAGCGCGAGCUCGGCCGCCGCGUACCCUCGCGACUUGCUCCUGAGAUCCGGCUCCACGCUCUCUCCGCAUUUUACAGAUUUACCCCCUAGACUGUAUCUACCCAAAAACGGAGCCUUUAUUUCCAGAGAAGGUGUGGGAGCUGGAGCCACCAGGACUGUCCCGGGCACCCAAGAUGCGCUCCGUCAGGAAGAGGUGGACAAUCUGUACGAUAAGUCUGCUCCUGAUCUUUUAUAAGACAAAAGAAAUAGCAAGAACUGAGGAGCACCAGGAAACGCAACUCAUUGGAGAUGGCGAAUUGUGUUUGAGUCGAUCACUCGUCAAUAGUUCUGAUAAAAUUAUUCGAAAAGCUGGCUCUUCAAUCUUCCAGCACUCUGUAGAAGGUUGGAAAAUCAAUUCCUCUUUGGUCCUGGAGAUAAGGAAGAACAUACUUCGUUUCCUAGAUGCAGAAAGAGAUGUCUCAGUGGUCAAGAGCAGUUUUAAACCCGGUGAUGUCAUACACUAUGUGCUGGACAGGCGUCGGACGCUAAAUAUUUCUCAUAAUCUGCAUAGCCUCCUACCUGAAGUUUCACCAAUGAAAAAUCGCAGGUUUAAGACCUGUGCAGUUGUUGGAAAUUCUGGCAUUCUGCUAGAUAGUGAAUGUGGAAAGGAGAUUGACAGUCACAAUUUUGUAAUAAGGUGUAAUUUAGCGCCUGUGGUGGAGUUUGCUGCAGACGUGGGAACUAAAUCUGAUUUUAUUACCAUGAAUCCAUCAGUUGUACAGAGAGCAUUUGGAGGCUUUCGGAAUGAGAGUGACAGAGAAAAGUUUGUGCAUAGACUCUCCAUGCUGAAUGACAGUGUCCUUUGGAUCCCUGCUUUCAUGGUCAAAGGAGGAGAGAAGCACGUGGAGUGGGUUAAUGCAUUAAUCCUUAAGAAUAAACUGAAAGUGCGAACUGCCUAUCCAUCAUUGAGACUUAUUCAUGCUGUCAGAGGUUACUGGCUGACAAACAAAGUUCCCAUCAAAAGACCCAGCACAGGUCUCCUCAUGUAUACACUUGCCACAAGAUUCUGUGAUGAAAUUCACCUGUAUGGAUUCUGGCCAUUCCCUAAGGAUUUGAAUGGAAAAGCUGUCAAAUAUCAUUACUAUGACGAUUUAAAAUAUAGGUACUUUUCCAAUGCAAGUCCUCACAGAAUGCCAUUAGAAUUCAAAACAUUAAAUGUGCUACAUAAUAGAGGAGCUCUAAAACUGACAACAGGAAAGUGUGUAAAGCAAUAAAGCACACUGACAAACAGACAAACAAAACUGAAUAUGCACUUCUUUUCUGAAGAUGCUUCCUAAAAUUUGAAAAUAGGAUCCAAACCAAGACUGAGUUUCAGCAUCCACCAAGCAACUAUAAGGUUGAUAUAAAACGUUUAUGAGAAACCCAUUACCAGCUGAUGAAAUACCUGCAAAGUACUCUAAAAAUUAAAUAUUUUGACUUCAAGGGUCCUAGUAAGUGCCACUUCCACUAAGAACACAGCUUGAAUGUAUAAUCAGUAGUGUUUACAAGAUCCAGCAAUGCAUUCAUCGUUUGGUAAAGCAAAUUUGUUCAUCACUGUUGGGCUGUCACUGCAAAGCCAAGCACAUUAGAAGAGGAACCAAGGAACACAACUCAGCCUGUGAGGAAAUCAAACCAUCUUUGUCAGCAGAAAUCAUGAUGGAAAGAGUUUGAGCAGUGAAAUCCAGAAGAGUAAACAACUUAAGUAAAUGCCUUCUGUCAGGACUCUGAGUCUGAUCAUGAAUUUUAUGUUUUUGUUUAUAGAUAUUUUUUGUCUUCUGGUUUCUCUUUUGGUUUGGGUAUUAGGGUGCUUAAAAUUUCUUUCUCAGCUAAAUAUGAAUGAGAUAAAUAACUUUAAAAUAAUCAUUUUUAAAGCUCUUGUUUUUUUUUUAAAGAACAAUCACACUUUUUUUUACAAAGUUUUAUUUUGCACAACUCUAAACCUCCAGAUAUAUAUAUAUUUUUUUUUUUGAUGGUGUAGAAAGUACCAGCAAAAUUGUACCACUUAGUAAUAUUCUAAAAAAAGUUCCGUGUUAUAUGAGACAGUAAAAUUAGCAGAAAAAAUGUACUUUUGGUACCAAAGAUUACUGAUGUUUCUACACAACUUUUCUCCUUUCAUGAAAAUAAGUUAUUAUUAACAUAUUAAUAUAUUAUGCUUCUAAUGUGAAAGUAGUCUCUAAAUAUUUUAAUUUUACUAAUGCAAAUAUUAUUUUUAUUUGAAUGAAGGCUUCCACAUCUUUUACAUUUCAUAAUCAUUUUGUGGAAUCUCUUUGUCCUUUAGAAUAAAUGUUUGAUUGGGAGAGCUGAAAUAUGACUUCUAGUUCUUUAAUGUUUCCCUUAUUAUUAAAAUGGAAAGAUCUGCAUGUUCUUUAUACCAUUGUUAAAUUUCUUAGUAUAGAAACAAUAUGAUCAAUAGAGUGUUGAUUCCAUAGCAGAGGUGAUAAAUUUUAAGAGAUUUAACAUGGAAAUUACGUGUCAAUAUUUUGUACUUCAAAUGAAUUAAAUUUCCCAGUAUUUUUUUCCUGUAGUUAAAUUUAAUCACAUUAUCAUUUUAAUUUUUUUUAAUUAAGUUAUUAAGGAGAUAAAGCAUUUUUUUAAAUGUUAAUGUAUAACAGGUUUGACCAAUAUGACAGUUCUGGUAACAUCCUUUAUUGGGAGGUAAUUUUGAUGACAAAUUUUUUCUUUAGAAAUUGAAAAACAAAAGUACUGCAUUCCCACUACUACUCCUGGUGUGAAACAACUUAUAUGACUUGACUUCUUGUUUCUUAGAGAAAGAAGUUUAAGAAAAGAAGAAAUGGCAUGGAGAUUCUAUUUGUUUUGUUUUGUUUUUUAGGGAAGGCAGCCCGAGAAAAGAAGAAAUAGCACGGUAUAUAUACACAUGUAUAUAUGUAUAUAUAUUCCUGGGAAAGGAUAUUCAUAGGAGUACAGUUUUCAAUACUUUUAAUAUGUAUUAUUUUUUUUCAAAUGUGGCAGAGCCUUAGGAUACAGAAGAUUAUAUUUCUGAGAAUUCUUGUGUCUCUUAGAGAAAACAUACAGUGCAUAAAAAAGAGGCAUAGCUAAAAAUGGGUAGAACACUGACAUACUUUUAUCAUUAAACCAUUUAUCUAUUGGAAUUUUUAAAAGAAUUAGGUACAUGUUUUGAAUACAAAUUGAAAAGUCCCAGUUACAUACCAAAUCAAAAGUAGGUGAUUUCCAGAGCCUCGAUUUGGACUAUUUGCAGAUGACAAGUGGAUCAAGUAGCCCCUAAUUUGAAUUCACAAGUAAAUUCUUAUGGGUGAAAUCCAUCUGAGCACUCAUUCAAGGUAUGUCUUAAAAAGCCACAGCCAGGAACCUGGCCAUUUUUCCUGUUUUUUCAAUAAAUAUAUUUAAACCAUUUGAAAGGCCACAGCAAAACAUCCCAUGCAUCCACUGUUCUGUGCAGUGAUGUUUAUCUGUCUCAUAGAUGCAUUGAGUAGUGCCUUUUUAGCUUCUUCACGUUGCUUUGUUACCCUAUGCUUUGUGUUCUCUAAAUACGUUGCCCAGUUCUGAAAAUGUCCAGCAUAAAAAAGGGCUUCAGUAUCGACUGAGACUACUUUUGUUCAUCUCAGGGAACUUUCAAUACUGUAGAAUGAAUUCAAUUAAAGGCAUUUAGUGUUCAGAGAAGACAAACUGUACAAGACCAUUUCAUUCCCUAUUGUAUACCUUUCCAUCUGCCCUCCCCUUUGACUAUCUGCUGUGGCCUUCUGACAGGGACAGGGCAAGGAGAUCAUGGAAGGCUAACAGCAAGAUUAAAAAAAAGGAACUGAGGUUUAACCCAUAAGAGGGCAUAAGGGACCAUGACAAAAUCAAAUCAUAAAUACAUACUUGAAAUAUCUGGGGUUUUCCCCCCUUUGGACAAUAUUAUAUGUUCAUAGCUUUAAUUUUAGUUUUGUUUUGUUUUUCAUGAUUUAACCCUAUACCUGGCAAUGCUCAGGCAGCUGAUUGUGAAAAUCUUCCUGUACAUUAGAAAACAUGGUUGUUACUGUGUUGUUGACAUGAGUAGGCCAUAGAAACAUUUUCAUCGCUAUUACCCAGCCUGUUCUAUAACUAACCUUAAAUUGCUAAAAAAUAAAUCAGUAACAUGUUUUCUGGGCAAAUCUAAUGAUUCAGCCCACAGGACUGAUGACAUUUCUGUGGAAGCUUGUUUCUAUCUGAAAGAAGGUGCUGGGCAUUCAACUGUCUUCAUAUAUUGUGUAUCAUAUAAAUUGUAUAUCGAUUACUAAUGUGAAUUUCUACAUACGUGCUUAUAGAAGCAAUCUAUUUAAAUAAUGCUAUUAUUAUGGGUAGUGUACAUACCAAGUGGUUAUUAAGCUACAUAGGACAGAAGGGUGAACAAAGUAAUUUAUUUCUAAUCGAGUCAGUUAGUCAUAAUGCACACUAUGUGGUAUUUGGUUCAUAAAAGAGUUGUUUUCAUGUGGUUAUUGUACAGAGUAUUAUAAUUGUGGAAGGGUUGUGGGAAGAGUUAUGUAUAGCUAGUUGUAAUCUCUGCAAGUUGGAAAGUUUCCCCAUCAACCAUUAUCCAUAUACCAAUGUUUUAACAAUUGAGUGAGGAUUAUUGUCCGUAUUUGAAGAAAGUCCAGAUAAAGCCCACCUAGAAAUAGAUAUUUUCUUAUAUAUGUGCUAUAGAUAUAUCUUUAUAGUACAAAUAGACAUGUGUGAUGCAUAUACACAAUGCUAUAUAUGUGUAUCUGUGUGUAUACACACAGGGUCUGUAACAUACACUGUUAUACUAACAUCUUCAGGGUUUGCACUGUGAAUCACUCUGGAGAUAAUCCCAUUUUAGAGCAAAGAAGUUCUUUUGAGACUUUUGUCACUAAACUGCUUUAAGAGGGAUCUACUUUAUAACUGAAUUCUAUGUUGUUCAUAGCUAGAGUUACAAUAACGGUCUAGUGUAUCCAAAACUUUACAAAAAAAUUUAAAAAAUGUCUUCAAGCUGGUAAUGUAUUUGAACUGCAGUUUUCAGAUUGUGGCGUUAGGCCUCCUUGUGUCUCUCACUUAAGUAGCACUUUUUAAUAAAUACUGUUUCUUUGUGUAGGCAAAAGCACAAGUGUUUCAAAUGUAUAUAACAGGAACAAAAAAGAAGAGUUUACAGACAUAGUGUUGCUGCACAGGAGAGUUCUGAGUAUUUCUUAUAUAAUUUGUGGAGUUGAAAGAUGAGGUUUACUCUGUCAGGUUCAUUCUGUUCAACACUGUUUCCCUAUUGUUUGUAUAUAGCAAUUGGGUAUUAUUGUUUUAUCAUUUGUAAAAUUGUAAAAUAAAUUAAAAUCCCUUUUUUUUCCAAUUUUUCUUUUAUCUCUUCUAUCUAAGCCCAUGAUUCCACUUUAUGUGUCAAUAUCAGAUACAAGUUUUGCUUAUGUGUUUGUCUUCUCUUACCCUCAGUCCAUCCAUACCUCAGCAAACCGUUUCUUUUAAAGUGUGUACAUGGGAAUGUGAAUAAUAUUAAAAGACCCGUGAGCAUCAGGAAGUCCUUAACUUUGUGCAUGUUGCAUUCUGUAGUUGAGGGAAUGGAGUGGUACAGACAUUGUGGUCGUUUACAUCCAAUUUAUAUUCCCACUGGCUGCUGCCAGUGAGCCAUUCCAGUUGCAUGAAGGGAGAGGGCAAUGGCUCCUUAGACACUGCACACUCCCACAGCUGCCCCUUGACUUGUAAUUUCCAUUGCUGUUUGCUCCACUUGCUACUGUUUGCAGUUUGCCUUCCAGGAGAUGAUUCUGAAAAACUGCAUGUUUCAACCUGUUGCCAUGAUUUUCUCUAAGUGGCAAGUUUCUGUUUUUAGACCCUACACUGUUUACUGUAGAAAGUAUUGACUGUAAUUUUCAUGAGGUCACUUUUAGCAUUGUUCAAUUUGUAAACAUUUUCUGGAGACCAAGAAUGAGCUGUUAACACUGGUUAAUGAAUUCGGGCUUUCAUAUUUGCAUUUUAUUUUCAAAGACGUGUAUAUGAUGAGUCAUUUCUACAUGUUAUUGGGAUAUAAUCAGACUUCAUCGUGCAGAGCUACCACUUUUUGAUUUAGGGAUGAAAUUUCUGGCCUUUGGUAUGAGUUUUGUUGACUUUUAAUCAAUUUUCUAAAAGACAAUGGUAAAAAAAAAAUGCUCCUAAUAUCAAUUACCAUUGAAAAUACUGAUUAUUUUUAAUUAGAUCAAAGGGUAUUCUUGCUUGAUAUGUGGAUUGUUGUUGUUAGGUGCCGUCGAGUCAGUUCUGACUCAUAUCGACCCUAUGCACAACAGAACAAAACACUGCCCAGUCCUGCACCAUCCUUACAAUCGUUGUUAUGCUUGAGCUCAUUGUUGCAGCCACUGUGUCAAUCCACCUCGUUCAGGGUCUUCCUCUUUUCCACUGACCCUGUACUCUGCCAAGCAUGAUGUCCUUCUCCAGGGACUGAUCGCUCCUGACAAAGUGUCCAAAGUAUGUAAGACACAGUCUUGCCAUCCUUGCCUCUAAGGAGCAUUCUGGCUGCACUUCUUCCAAGACAGAUUUGUUCGUUCUUUUGGCAGUCUUGAUAAAUUCAAUAUUCUUCGCCAACACCACAAUUCAAAGGUGUCAACUCUUCUUUCGUCUUCCUUAUUCAUUGUCCAGCUUUCACAUGCAUAUGAUGUGAUUGAAAAUACCAUGGCUUGGGUCAGGAGCACCUUAGUCUUCAGGGUGACAUCUUUGCUCUUCAACACUUUGAAGAGGUCCUUUGCAGCAGAUUUUCCCAAGGCAAUGCAUCUUUUGAUUUCCUGACUGCUGCUUCCAUGGCUGUUGAUUGUGGGUCCAAGUAAAAUGAAAUCCUUCACGACUUCAAUCUUUUCUCCAUUUAUCAUGAUGUUGUUCAUUGGUCCAGUUGUGAGGAUUUUUGUUUUCUUUAUGUUGAGGAGUAAUCCAUACUGAAGGCUGUGGUCUUUGAUCUUCAGUAGUAAGUGCUUCAAGUCCUCUUCACUUUCAGCAAGCAAGGUUGUGUCAUCUGCAUAACGCAGGUUGUUAAUGAGUCUUCCUCCAAUCCCUAUGCAACGUUCUUCUUCAUAUAGUCCAGCUUCUCAUAUUAUUUGUUCAGCAUACAGAUUAAACAGGUAUGGUGAAAAAAUACAACUGUGACCCGCACCUUUCUUAACAUUAAACCAAUCAUUAUCCCCUUGUUCUGUCCGAACAACUGCCUCUUGAUCUAUGUAAACGUUCCUCAUGAACACAAUUAAGUGUUAAGAAUUCCCAUUCUUCUCAGUGUUAUCCAUAGUUUGUUAUGAUCCACACAGUCGAAUGCCUUUUCAUAGUCAAUAAAACAUAGGUAAACAUCCUUCUGGUAUUCUCUGCUUUCAGCCAGGAUCCAUCUGACAUCAGCAAUGAUAUCCCUGAUUCCAUGUCCUCUUCUGAAACUAGCCUGAAUUUCUGGCAGUUCCCUGUCGAUUUACUGCUGCAGCCAUUUUUGAAUGAUCUUCAGCAACAUUUUGUUUGCAUGUGAUAUUAAUGAUAAAAAAAAAUUGUUCUAUAAUUUCCACAUUCGGUUGGAUCACAUUUCUUGGGAAUAGGCAUAAAUAUGGACCUCUUCCAGUCAGUUGGCCAGGAAGCUGUCUUCCAUAUUUCUUGGCAUAGACGAGUGAGCACCUCCAGCGCUACAUCUGUUUGUUGAAACAUCUCAAUUGAUAUUCCAUCAAUUCCUGGAGCCUUGUUUUUCACCAGUGCCUUCAGAGCAGCUUGGCCUUCUUCCUUCAGUACCAUUGGUUCCUGAUCAUAUGCCACCUCUUGAAAUGGUUGAACAUCGACUAAUUCUUUUUGGUGUAAUGACUCUGUGUAUUCCUUCCAUCUUCUUUUGAUGCUUUUCCUGCGUCGUUUAAUAUUUUCCCCAUGGAAUCCUUCACUAUUGCAACUCCAGGCUUGAAUUUUUUCUUCAGUUCUUUCAGCUUGAGAAAUGCCGAGCGUGUUCUUCCCUUUUGGUUUUCCAUCUCCAGCUCUUUGCACGUGUUAUUAUAAUACUUUACUUCAUCUUCUUGAGAGGCCCUUUGAAAUCUUCUGUUCAGGUCUUUUACUUCAUCAAUUCUCCCUUUUGCUUUAGCUGUUCAACCCUCAGGAGCAAGUUUCAGAGCCUCCUCUGACAUCCAUCUUGGUCUUUUCUUUCUUUUCUGUCUUUUCAGCGACCUCUUGCUUUCUUCAUGGAUGAUGUCCUUGAUGUCAUUCCACAACUCAUCUGGUCUUCAGUCACUAUGUGGAUAGAUCUUCUAAAAUUGCUGUCUUAAUCUUCUUAUUUUAUAUUACAGUGAAAUCCUUUUCAAAAUGUGUUCUGAGAAACACUUGUUCAAGGUGCUUUGCAAGUGAAUGGUUUGUGCUGACAUAUUACAUAAUAAUCUCAGGAUUCACAAGGCAGUAUCGAUUAUAGAAAACUCUGAGAUGUCUGGAAAUACAGAAAAAAAUUUACAUUUUCUAACCAAGAAUUCUCAAAUAUAUUGGAUUGUUUCACCUUCAGUAUAUAUGGAACAUAUUUUAAGAAAUGCCAGAAUACAUUUUUUUUAAAAAAAAAAAAAACAACCUCCCCACAGAAUUAACAUCUGGACAUUUAUUUUUUUAUCUGUCUGAUAAAAUGCAUAUCUAUAAUGUACUUUGCCCCAAAAAAACAAACCCAUUGCCUUUGAGACAAUUCCUCCUCAUAGCAAUCCUACAGGAUGGAGUAGAACAGCACCGUAGAGUUUCUGAGGCUAUAAAUAUUUAUGGAGGCAGGCUGACACAUCUUUCUCCCAUGUGGCAGCUGAUGGGUUCAAAACGUUGACCUUUCGGUUGACAGCCAGGCCCUUAUCCACAGUGCCACCAGUACUCCUUUAUAAUGUACUGCAUAGUUUAUAAUGUAAAUAUAAAUUACACUACUCCCAGUUUGCAUCAUUUUGAUUUGUUAGGGCUUCCCUAGAGAGUUUAUAGAGAUUUAUAUUUUUCUAGGGUCCCUGGUGGUGCAGUGGUUGAUAACUUGGCUGCAAACCAAAAGGCUGGCAGUUCAAAUCCACCAGCUGCUCCUGGGAAACCCUAUCAGGAAGUUCUUCUCUGGCUGUCUUCCUGGGUCGCUGUGAGUUGGAAUCAGCUCAAUGGCAAUGGGUUUUAAGUUUUUCUAAGUUUUAUUGGGCUUUGAGUAAUUGAAUCAAACUAACCCAAUUCAUAAGGGCUUAUACUGUUAGUGCAAAAUAGGUUGAAUAUACCUGCAUAGUAACCAUAAAAUAUAUGGGCCCAAUUUAAAUCUCACUAGUCUUAUUUUGACAAAAUUUGUAUUGUUUUUAGGCUAAACGCUGUUCUAAAUGUUUAUAAAUAUCAACUGAUUUAAUCCUAAUAACACACCUUUGAGCUGGGUACUAUAAAUAUACCAGUUUUACAGAUGAAAUAAAACACAUUGAGGUUAAGUGACUUACUCUAGGUCACACAGCUCAGAAAUGAGGGACUCAGGAUUUGAACCCAAGUCAUCUGACUUUAUAGCCCAUCCUCUUAGCUGCUACAUUUUGAUGCUGCCUUUUCUUAUUGGCAACAAAUUACCUGGGAAACUAAGUUUGCAAACAGGUGAUUAUUUAAUUAGUCCACAAGUCAAGCAUAGAUAAGUAUAUAACCUGCUGCAUUGCAGUCAAUCCUGAAUAUAACUAACAAUCACUUACAAAAACUGGUGGUUAUUUUAUUCAGUAUUUUCUCUUCCCAGAGAUAAAAAUAUUUUCUUAAUAAUAUUUUCAAACAUGAGAAAUAUUUAAGCUGAUAAUUUUAUUUAUUUUCUGAAAAUUAGCUAUGUGCUUUUAAGUAAAUGAUUGCUGUCUCUUCUAAAAUAUUAAUCAUACCACAGCUACGUUCAUAACAGCAAUCUCAAAUCAACUGUAUUGCUAAUGCUAAGCAAUACGUAUGUAUCAGUUAACUUUAAGGCAAUAUAUAUAGCACGGGAAGGAAAAAAAAUUAUAAAAUACUAAUUUGCAUUUUCUAAAACAGCAGGAUAUUGUAGAAAGCAUGCUCUGCAUUGUCUGUCUAGCUCCAGCUUCCUCGGCUCCCAACACCACACAGAUGGGCUGACUAAGGGCACAUCUGCUAGUGUUGCCUAAGUGUAAACACACUCAGCUGGUAGCAGAUGUUUUCCCAGGAAAGAUCACUAUCACUGAAGCUGUUCUCUUUUGGACUCUAUGUUAGUUGAUCUCCAUGGUUGGGCACAAGGUCACUCUGUUGAAAUAGAUCAUUUGUUUUUCAGGUAUACAACAAAAACAGGGUGGGUGCAGGCUCAACUAUUUGAUAUUUACCAUAUACCAUCCAGAAGUAUUGCUGAAGACUCAUCUAAUAAGCCAGGAUUUUUUCCUUCUUUCUUCUUUUUUUUUUUUUUAGUGGGCCUUUGUUCAAGAUUGGAGUCCUAGUGGCACAGUGGUUAAGAGCUAUGGCUGCUAAACAAAAAGGUUGGUAGUUUGAUCCACCAGCCACUUCUUGGAAACAUUAUGGGGCAGUUCUUUAUACUGUGUUCUAUAAGGUAGCUAUAAGUUGGAAUUGACUCCACAGCAGUGGGUUUCUUUGUUUGUUUUGGUAUUCGAGAUUAAGGGCUUAUUCACUGAGAAAUUCAAAGGUAGAAUAUAAAGCUUCCUAAAAGAAAAAUGGAGCCCUGGUGGCACAGUGGUUAAGAGGUUGGCUGCUAACCAAAAGGUUGGCAAUUGGGACCCAAAAGUAAGUAUCCUUUUUGCUUCUCUAUGGUCAUUGAUGUCAUUCAAGUUAGUGAUCUUGUGAGCUGUUCUAAUAACUGUCUACAUUCAUAGGUCUCAGUCCUGCUUUUUUUCAAAAUGCUAGGCAUUCAUUAGUGAGCUAAUUUUAUUUAAUUCUGUAGGUCAUGAAGGCAUGGCUUUCAUAUGUAAAUUUAUGAAAUUAUUUAAUUUGUAUCUAUUUGCAAAUCUUGAUAGCAUGUAAAAAUGUAUAAAUACCCAUCUUACAAAAGGGUUACAUUUAUCCAACCAUCAUUUAUAGAGUACAACUAACUACUAGGCACUUUUUUAAACAUGAGAAAUAUUUUCCCUCAUGGUUACCAAUAUUUGGCUAGAAGAGAUAUACAAAAAAACUAAAUAAUCACAUGAUAUGGCAACAAGCUCUGUAUUCAGGGAGGUAAGGAAGCAUAGAGAAAACCCAUAGAUGGGGGACACAAAUCUCAGCCUAUAGAAAUGAAGACUCCAGAAAACAUCUUCUGACCAAUGGCUAUUGAGCUGAAUGUUAAAAGAUAUCUCUAAUUCAAUCCAACAACCAUUUAUUGAUUGAAUACCUAUAAUGUGCACCUACCAAAAGCUAGCAAUUUUUGUAUCUGCACAGCUUUAGUUCAGUUGUUGGAAUGGCAAGUAUCCCAGGAACUCAUAAUCUAUGAGCAUAGCAGUUGGCUAGUCAGGACAUGCAACAGAAAGUUCCAGAAUUCCAGAAGAGAUCUGAAACUAGUGGAAGAGCUCCACUCUUUCUGCAUAAACUGCCCUGGGCACAUCCUCUGCAACCUCAAAAUUUCCUCAGAGGACACAAGCCAAACUGAGCAUGGUUUGUAGUCAGGUAGUAAAAUCAAGACAAGUGAUAGUACAUUAACACAGAAGACCCAAAAAACAGAAACUAGCUGUGUUUUCAUUACACUUUAGUAACCUAAAGAGUAGGUAAAAGAAAUAAAAUAUUUUUAAAGAAAAUUGAAAUACUCUUCAAUCCUUGCUUUGGAAAUUACACAAUUUCCACUUCUCGUCCUAACCAGAUUUCCCCAGAAAUAUUGUUGAGUUACAAGUUUAAAUAAAAACUGAAGUCUACUCUGAACCAAGCACUUACCAACAUGACCAAGGAAGUGUAGAGCUACUAAAAUAGUCUAUUGUACAAUACCCUCCAUCUCCAAAUAUCACUGCUUUGGUAUCUAUUUGGUGUUUCUAGGUUGAAAGAAUAUACCAUAAAAGAAAAUGUCUGUGCUUGACUUAUUUUUUAUUUUGAGAUAAUUCCAGAAUUUGAAAACACACCUUCUCAAGAUUUUAAGGUAUAAGAUGUGAGCCUUCCAAGAUUACUUCUCAUUCAGUGACCACUUCAUUUCUCUCGUCUAUAGGCUCCUCAAUCUAUAUCCUUUUUAAAAUGUAGCAUUUCUUGAUGGUUUUGUCUUCAGCUGUUUUUUUAUCUCCACACCCUCUCCCUAUAGAUCUUACCUGUUCCAGUGCUUUGUCCACUUUGUAUGUGUGGACACCCGGGAGAUGACAAUAAAGCUCUUCAAAUAAAAAUGUGCAUAUCCUUAGUCUAGGUUCUCCUUAAACAUAGAUCAAAGGGGUUUUUGUGCAAAUAGUUUAUUGGGCAAAUGAUCCCAGAAGCCAGAAGGGAGGAAUCUGGGAAAGUGAAACAGGAAAGAGGAGAAAGCCAAUACAAAGGCUUGUUAUCAAGUUGAAUGCUUCUGUGGAAAACUGGUGAUCAAUUCCACUUGGAUCAUCUGAGGAGCCUUAUGAUAAGUGUUUCAGGAUAGUUCAUUGAAAGGAAGAAAGGAAGAAGUAAUUAUCCACCAGUCCCCAACCCCCACUGAGAAUUUCCCCAUAAGCUGUUAACCCCCUGACCUUCUGAGCUAUACAUGGAUGUUCUAAGCUAGCUCCUGAAGAAGUCUCACACCACGUGUCAAAUAAGCAUCCAGGCAGAAAGCAAUAGGACAAUGCAUGCUUGAAAUGAGGCACUGUCUGUAGAAUACUGCGUGAUAAAUCAGUGACUGGAAUCAGAAAUGAGACCGAGGAUAUGAGCCCCUGCACCAUGUGUUUAGUACAGUCCUUCUAGUGUAUCAGAUAAGCUUGUGUCCUUGAUUAAUUAUAAUCCAUAACCAAGUCUCUAAGUUGAUAGAUGGUUACCAGUUCUACCAAAGAUGUUAUAAAAGAGGAAUUGUUUAGUCUACUCCUUCCAGAUAUGCAUGAUCUUGUGUCAUAACUGAUAUUUACUAUCUCCUUCCUUCACCAUCCAUGUUAAAGUCACCUCACUUUAGCUGAUGUGGGUUUCUUGCCUAGUCGGUGACUCAAACUUUCACAUCAAGGAGUCAAAGCCCUUAUUUGACCUUUCCUUGGUGGGCCAUGAUUGCUGCAAUUAUCCAUUCUGAUUUAUUUCUAAGCAUUAAAGCACCAAGAGAUUGCCCAGUAAAUCUCCUGGGUCCCAGACAUACUUUCCCAUUUCCCCAUUGUACAGAAGCAACUCUAACUCUUUAUCAUGAUCAGUGUCAAUUACCCCUGCCAUUAUGAUAACUCCUUUCUUUGUCUGUUGGCUCACUAGCACGAGUCCAAAGAAAUGGGACAGUAAUCCUGACUUCAAGUUCAGUGGAAUCUUUAUUUUUUCUCCUGAAGGAAGCCUUCCCCCACUACAAACCAAGACUCCUUAUCCAGAAAAGGCUAAACUGUGGACACAGAAAAGACAAAUUAUCAAAAUGGAUUAACUGGAACAAUUUUGAGAGAGUUUAAUGGCACUUGUAUUACUUGGAUCUGGGAUUUGGGUAUUAUAGGUGUUGGGGACACAAAAACCACAAACUGGCCAUAAGUAUAAUAUAUGACACAUCUCUAAGGACAGCACCAAAAUCCGCAUGGUGCACUGGCCCUGAGCUAUCAUUUUAGGUGAGCAGUUAAUAGGUCAUUUUAUUAUUCUAUUAGGCUAGUGCUUUGGUGUGAUAAGGUUUGUAGUAAGAAAAAUAGAUUCCACAGUAAUGGUAAUGCACACAUUGCCUCACCUUGUUUGUCAUAAAAUUGUCUGUUAGUCUGAAGAAAUGUUGUGCAAGAUUCUUUCCAAUGAAUUUUUUAAGAUCCUGGACAGUAAGGUUAGUAGAGGCACUAUGUCUAAGAAAGAAAAUCUAUAUCCAGAAUUGUGUCAAUUUUGGUAAAAUUAAAUUGCUACCUCUUCCAAUGUUAAAAAGCCCAAUAUAAUUUUAAAUUGCCUCAUUUCAAAAUGCCCCUAUGCUGUUUAACUGGACUUGGUACCAUAUUAAAAGUCCACAUUGGUUGUUGCCACUGACAGGCUAUAGAUCCAACAGUUGAAAUAGCUAAUCCACCUUGGUGAGAGGAAAAACACAUUGUUGGGUCCAUACAUAGUUCCACCACUGCUGCCGUGGACAACCGGUUUAUAGGCCCAUUGUACAAAUAUUGUGAUGGUGAGGAAUAGGCUAAUUAACAUCAGCAGUAUGUCAUCUUGUCCACCUAGUGAUUGAGAUUCUCCUGUCUAAUAGAGACUUUCUGUCAGACAUUAAUGUAAAACAUACAAUAAUCCACAAACUUUGUGCCCUCUCCCAUAUCCAUCGACAUAUUAUACCUCAGAAUUCUGUGUUUUGAUCUUCUGCUUUUUGUCUCAGUCCUUCCCAACCACUCAAAUAAUUUACAACUUCCAUACAAAGUGAAUGACCACAGAUACUACUUCCAACUCUGUAUUUCUUCCCACCACUGUCCUUUAGGACCAAGCUUGGGUUGGGCUACAAUGCAGCAGCAGUACAUUUUCAGCUCACAUCAACAUAUUGAGUUGACCUAUCUGACUACCAGACUCAAGUUUUACUUCUCUGUUAUUGGUCUAAGGGAACUUUGUAGGAGUCCACAGAUGUGAGCUGAGAGACUAAAAAAAAAAUUAUUCAAUAGAUGUAGCUGACAUGGGAUUCUGGACUUCAUAUUCAUGUGACUUUCUUAUGUACCCGAGAUCCAUUUAGGCCCUAUCCCAAUUUCCACUAUACUGUAGAUUACUGUUGUGCCUAAAUGAUCUUAUGACUCAGAGUAUAUGAUACUAUACAGGUGAAAUCUGGGAGACCAGUAAUGAGCCUACAGUAAUCAUCCAAGAUAGAGAUGAUGGUGGCUUGGACCUUAGUGGUGGAAGUAACAAUGGAGAGAUGUGGUCAUAUUUCAGAUAUAUGCUUUUUGAAAGAUAGAACUAAUAGUACCAAACCAAAAACCAAACCAUUGUCAUUGAGUCAAUUCCAACUCAUAGCAACCCUAUAGGAUAGAGUAGAACUGCCGCUUAGGGCUCCCAAGAAGCAGCUGGUAGAUUUGAACUGCCUACCUCUUGGUUAGCAGGUGAAUGCUUAACCACUGUGCCACCAGGGCUUCAGAGCUAAAGUUAUUGGCUGACAAAUCCAACAUAAAGUAUAAGAGAAUGACAUGAGUCAAGGAUUUUGUCCUGAGCACCUAUAAGUAUGAAGAUAUCAAGUUGGCAGUUGGAUAUAUGAGUCUGAAAUUUAGGAGAAAGGUCUGGACUGAAUAAUAAGUAUUUUGGAGGACACAGUAGUGUGCUGCACUGAUUCCCGUUCAAGGAAGGAUAGAGUGGCCCAGCUAUCAGCAGGCAGACUUCACUUCUCAGCCAUGUAAAGCUUUCCUCAGCUGAAGCGAACUGCCUUAGCUAGGAUCACUCCAAUCUCAGGGCAGCCCACAUCCAAUAGGUGAUUAAAGGGGGAAUAUGAAGCCCAGAUAUUUUGUCCCCAUAUGAGACAACUCUAAUGGACUCUAUAAACUCCGGAGCUUCCCAUGGAGUUGGCUGAUUGUCCGCAUUAGAGUUUGACUUCUGGCUCUGCCAAAUCAUGCCUGCUCCCUCUUCAAUACACUCAUGUUGAUUCCUAAUAAACACCCUACUUACAAAGCUCCAUCUCAAUGUCUGCUUCCAGAGAACCUAACCUGGGUCAGCUGGUGCUGGAAAUGGCAGAUAAAUCAGACAAUAUGAUAGUGUUUUACAGCUGGCUAACUUGCCACCUAGCUGGAAAGGAGGAACUUAUUCUUUUACGGUUGGUAGGUGGAGCAGAGCUGGUAUACGAUGGUACUCAAUUGCUAAAAAUCUCACCCAGCGUGUUCAGGUGGUAUACUGGUGCUAUAUAACAGGAAUAGGGGACAUAGUAAUUAUAAGGACAAUAAGACUGAAAGGUUAUUGUUAAAAAUAAUAAAUUAUGCCCCAGAAAAAUAUAAUGAAACACUAGUGCCAAUUAACAUGCAAUUGACAAACAUGAAAGACAGAGGGACUCAAUGGGAGCUCUCAAAUAGAUAGUCUUUCUCUGAAUACGGAGAAAGCUGGGAGCCAGAGCCAAAAUGUAGUUAUCGGAGUAGCCCAUCUCCAAAGAAGGUUAAACUCUCAACCAUGGGACAUUGUUAUAUAAAAAUCAGAGCACUGUUUGGAGAAAAGAGAAUCUGACACAUGGGUUGAUGGCCCCCAAAUUAUUGAAGCUUGAUUUUCCGGAAACACAUUUCAAGCGUUCAAUAGCACUUGAAAUAGUUCAACAUUGCUCAAAAAGCUCAAUAAUGUUCAAUAUGAAGCUAGUGAAUUGUACGGCACAACUCAAGGCUUUCUUUCUGUGAUAAACUGUAGGAGAACUUUUACAGUCAAUAAUUAGGUGAUGUCUAUGCAGGGAAGAGCCCAGGGCUACAGACCAAAAGGCCUGGCGUAGUGCUCUCUUUUUCUGUGAAAUCUCUCAUUUUCAGCUUAUCUUUUAACUGGGAGAGUAAUAUCACUCUCAUACAGUCUAAUACUUAGAUUUGCAAAGCUGAGAUAACUGAUAGAAAAAUAAUUUUAGUGGUGAAAACAAUUUUGUGAUGUACCAUGUACUGAGGGAGCCAGAUAUUAGAAAUGGUGUAAAGGUACUGGAUUAUCACAACAAAAUAGAAUAUAGAAGCCCUGAUCUUUCAUGAUAAUUUUACCCCAUGUUUAUAUCAUUAAACAGUAUGUAGUUUAUUAUAAAAACCAAACCCUUUGCUGUCAAAUCAAUUCCAACUCGUAGCAACCCUAUAGGACAGAGUAGAACUUCUCCAUAAGGCUUCCAAGGAGUGGCCAGUGGAUUCGAACUGCCAAACUUUUGGUUAGCUGCUUUAGCUCUUAACCACUGCACCACCAGGACUGCGUAGUUUAUUAUGCAUGUAUAGAGUACAAGUAGAAUUGUACUCUAUCAUUUUUCUCUCAGCAUAUUUGUGGCCUUUAUUGAUGUUGAUGCACUUAGCUCUAUUUCAUUGAUUUUUGCUAUUAUUUGGUAUUUUAUUGUAGAAAUGCAAAUUUUGAAGUGCUAUUGGAAAGGUGUCUUGGUGGCACAGUGGUUAAAGCACUCAGAUGCUAACCAAAAAGUCUGCUUCGAGGCAGAAAAAUGCAGUUCUUUGCUUCUGUAAAGAUUUACAGCCUUGGAAACCCUAUGGGACAGUUCUACUCCAUCCUGUAUGGUCACUAUGAAUCAAAAUGGACUCAACAGCAGUGGGUUCUUUUGCAAUAUUCAGGUGAAAUAAUAAUUCUCAGACAACAUCCUUCCUCCAGCUUUCCAGAUGGAAAGCUGAAGGUCCCCAGCAUGUGUCAAGAUAUACUCAUGUGCACACUGGUAUGUCUCAAGUCAAAAAUUGUAUUAAUUACAGGUUGAUUCUCCAGGUAAAGAUUUUCCCUCUCCAUGAACACUUAAUUCCAUUGGCUCAAAAGGAAACAGGGUACCUCAAGGAGAAGAUGCACUCAGGGUGACUAGGACCCUGACUGUAUUAAAUGAUAGCUAUUUUUUUUAUUAUAGAUCUAAAUGUGGUUUUCUGUUACUUUUUGCUUAUCCACCCUUCAGGAACAUGUAUCUUUUUUGUUUCUUUAAUCUUAUUUCUUGACUUUUAAAUUUUAUGGGCCAAAUAGUAUGCUUCAGUUGUACUAAAUUUUAUCUGUCUCCUAAAUACACCAGUUUCUUCCUUUGGCCUCUGGACUAUUUCUUUUAGCUAGAGAGCACCAUUUCUGACACCGCACCCCCACUACAUGUUAUUUGGCUAGCAUCUAUUUAUCACUUGGGUUUUAGCUCAACUGGUUCAUAUUUCCCCUAUCACAGCACUGUCCAUACUUUAUUAUUAUUGUGUGUUUAAUUUUCUAACUACUAUAUAAAAUUGUAAAUAUCUCAGAGACACAGAUUGCAUUGUAUCUCCUCAACUUUUUAUGAAUCGUACCUCUCACCUUAUUUGACACGUGGUAGGUCCUUUUAGUUAGAUGAUAUUUUAGUUGGAUGAAUCAUUUAAUGACUAUGUUUCAUUGAUUCUUGGGCAUACACAUUUUAAUAUUUUAACAUCUCUGAAAUCAGAGUGAUGCUUAGUAUCGAUGGUGUUUACAGAGUAACUGGAAGAUGUUUUGUUUUGGCUUAGUUUCACCUAAAUGCUUACAAAUUGAGGAUGUCUUUGAAUCUAUUUUUUUUUAAUCUACCCCCCCCAAAAAAAGGUAAUUAAUGAUGGAAAUUUUAAAGUUUGAAAUUAUCUCUUAUCUCUACUGGUUGACAGUUAAUAAAUAGUAAGUAUAAUAAUAAAUGUGAACAUGAGUUAAUUAUUAACCACCAAUUUGCAUGGAUCAGAUUCUUUCUGUCACUUUUGUAUUCUCAAAAAAAAUUGCAUAACAAUUUCUUCUAUGUAGCAUUAGCUUGUUCUCAUAAGAAAAACAAAUUGUUGCAACCCAAAACUUGACCAGCUAGAUCUCAAAAUACCUACCUACCUCAUUGGUAAGCAUUGUAUGUUAAUAUUACUAAGUUUGUCUUAAUCUUUGCAGCUUGAGAAAGGAAUACAAUUUAGUUGCAGCCAGGUAAGCAAUGAAUUCUUUAGAGACCCUUAGCCCUAAAAGAUUAUAGUUUCUUACAAUGUAUGAUUUAAAAAAAAAAAAAGGUGCUAUUACACAGUAAAUAUGAGUAUAAGAAAGUAAGUCUCCAGAUACCUAUAUAUUUAAAAAAAAUUGUUAAUUAUCAAAUUCUUUAAAAAAAAAAAUUGUGUUGCUGUCAGGCUGGUUUUCUUUCUAUUGAGCAGUCUAGCAUUGGCCACAAUGCUCAGGCAACAUUGAGAGGACAGAACAGUUUCAAGGUGUGUUUAAAUCUACAAUCUGUUAUUUACAAUUAUGAGUCAAAAAUUUAGAAGCCACCUGCAAAGGAUCCAGAAUGCGUACCAUUAUAUCUGAAGGGGAAGUGUCAUGGGCUCUUUUUGAGGCAGAAACUGUCUACUCGCUAUGCAGCUGUUCCUGGAUACCAGGGCUCUGUGAAUAUCUUGUUCUAAUAUCCAGACCUCCAGGGCUCAGUGAACAUGGGUACUAGUCUCUUUGUUCUAAGUCAUCACUGCCUUUUACGUACUCUCCCUUGGACUCCAGGAUUUAUUUAUUUAUUUAUUUUGAAUGUUUGGACUCCCCUCCCUUCUCCUUCAUUUUUUUUUUUUUUAAUUUUUAUUGUGGUUUAAGUGAAAGUUUACAAAUCAAGUCUGUCUCUCAUACAAAAAUUUAUAUACACCUUGUUAUAUACUACUAGUUGCUCUUCCCCCAAUGAGACAGCAUACUCCUUGUCUCCACCCUCUGUUUUUGUGUCCAUUCGGGCAGCUUCUGACCCCCUCUGCCCUCUCAUGUCCCCUCCAGACAGGAAUUGCCCACAUAGUUUCACAUGUCUACUUGAUCCAAGAAGCUCACUCUUCACCAGUAUCAUUUUCUAUCCCAUAAUCCAGUCCAAUCCCUGUCUGAAGUGUUGGCUUUGGGAAUGGUUCCUGUCUUGGGCUAACAGAAGAUCUGGGGACCAUGAUCUCCAGGGUCCUUCUGGUUUCAUUCAGACCAUUAAGUCUGAUCUUUUUACAAGAAUUUGAGGUCUGCAUCUCACUGCAUUCCUGCUCCCUCAGGGGUUCUCUGUUGUGUUCCCUGUCAGGGCAGUCAUUGAUUGUGGCUGGGCACCAUCUAGCUCUUCCGGUCUCAGGCUGAUAUAGUCUCUGGUUUAUGUGGCCCUUUCUGUCUCUUGGGCUCAUAAUUACCUUGUGUCUCUGGUUCCAGGAUUUACUGAAGAAUCAUACACCAGAUUCUGGCUCUAGGAAGAAGGCCUGGACAUACGGAUAUUGGCUUUCACUCUCCUCUUCACUGCAUCCUUCUAAUGAGCCUGACUUCACAAAGGAGCCUGCCUUGGGAUUCUCAGGAUAAUCAUCAGUAUGGGAAACACAUCCAGGUUUUCUGAUUCUAAUUCAGAAUUUACCAACAUUGCUCUAAUUCCAGCACCCUUCCUUUAAAUGUUCAUACCAUGAUGUAUUUUGACGAUGAGUAAAGUUAUAUAACAAAAUGCCACAAAAUCCAACUUCCUGAUUCAGAGAGAAAGCUGAAGUCAUAGGGGCUAGCUUUGUUUUGAACUCAUCAUGCUCAAGAAGAGUAACUGUGAAACCAAUGUUGAUGUUAAAAUAAAAUUUAUAUAUGCAAGCAGUGGAAAUUUUAGGGUAAAUGGAGCAACCCUUGGCUUCCCAUCUCACUCAGACAUAAAGUCAGCCCUUACAGUGGUCUUCAUUAUAUGAAACAUCUCAUAUACACAUAUGUCCUUCCUUUGCCUCAUUCCAACCACACUGGUCUCCUUGCUAAUCCUCAAACCUAUCAUUCAUGUUUCUGCCUCAGAGCCUUUGCACUUGCUGUCUACUCCACCUGGUAUUCCCUGUACUGCUAGAUAUCUCAAUGGCUCACAUCCUCACUGACUUCUUUUCUUAAAUGUCAGUCACAUUUUUAGCAGGCCUUUCCUAUCUACCUUAUAUAAGAUUAGUUAAAAACACUCGUCUCCCGUCCCUGCCUUAUUCUUUUCCUAACACUCAUCACUUCCUAAUAUCUAUAUAUUUUACCGAUUUAUUACUUAUUGUCUAACUUCCUGUAUUAGAAUGUUAGCUCAGAGAGGGCAGAAAUUCUUGCUCCUACUGUUUCCUGCUGUAGCCUUGGCAUUUAAUACAGUACCUAGUAGAUACUAAACAUAUAUUUUUUGAGAGAAAGAAACAUUUAAAAAUAUUUUAAGAUUCAGGAUUACAGUGAUAUCUAGGUUCAUAUGUUGAUAGGCAGUAAGAGAUUAAAGUGGAAAAAUAUCAUGUCUAUUCAAUAAACCCGUUAUUUAUCACUAACACUCAUUAAUUUUGUACAUUGGAAUACAGCAUUUGUAUCUAAAGCUAUCCAUUAAAAAACAAACAAAACUUGAACUCUUCUUUCAUAUUUUCUCAUUUUUAUUUCUUAUAUCAUGACCAUAACCAUAAAUUAAAUUCAGGGUGUCAUUCAUUCACUUGUUCACUCUUUUAAUACAGGGUUAUAAGAUACCUCCUCUGAGUCAAGCAUUUUUUACACCUCAUGAUAUCAGCUAGUCAGUUUGAUUUAUCAUGGAUCAUUUAACAAAGCAAAACAAAACAACAACAAAAAAGCAGAUAUAGCUUUUCUGAUAUUAAUUGUAGAACUUCACUAUACAAAUGACACAAAUAAAGUCUGUUUACCUUAGCAGUAUCUGUCUUUUCUUCUAUUACAUUUUCAGACAUUCUCCUCUAAGUAGAUCUAUGACCCAGGAAUUUGUUAAUUCUGUGAGUAACCCUCAGCCAAAGGCUAGAGGAAGUAUACUUCCCACCUUAGGGGAGGGAGUGCAGCAGUUCACAACAGCUUAUACUCGUAUAAUCACUGGUACCCACACUGAUGGUUUUGACUGUGUUUCUUUUUCAGCUUUCAUUUUAUUACUAUGAAUUCUAAGUUUGCACUAUGAAACCAUCUUCAUAAUCUAAAAUGCAUAAAAAUAAAUUUUUACCAUCAAGUCCAGUAUGAACAUAUUUGAUUUCCAUGACACAACUAAAUUUAAGUUAGAGUGUUCACUCUAGUAUAAAGACUACGGAAAGAUAAAAUUUCAAAAAGAGGUAAUGGAUUUCCUUACCAAGGAAUUUACCCUCUGCUCAUAAAGAAAAAAAAAGGAAAGUAAGAAGAAGAAAUCAAGAUUUAUUGUUUUUAAGAACCUCUCUAUCUUCUAGUCAAUGCUCAAUUUCAAGGAGGCUUGAGGGAGGGUCUGGCAAAGUUUCAGGUGGGUGGAAAAGAGUUCAAAUUUAAUCAAGCUUGUUCAGUCAUCCCUGGCUGGAUGCUAAGUGGUUCUGUGAAUCAUUAAAAAGGGGGGAGGUAGGAGUGGAGGUACAGGGCAUACUCUACCAUAGCAGGGAAAUCUCAGACAAGCAUAUCUAAAUAGCAGGUAUAUUUGUUUCACCAUUUUACAAAAAAUCCUUUUAAAUGCUAAGCAACAUAUAAUAUCAUUGAGCCUUUCAUUCAAGGGUGGGGAUAAAAAUGAUUUAUCCAAUUAGUUUGUCAAGCUUGCUUUGCCAUUUGCAAAUGGAAUUCAUCCAUAGCUAGGUGAUUGUACAGUAAUACACACAAAAUGUAAAACCUCCCUUUAGGAUAAAUACAUGGCAUUUUAAUUACUACCAGCUAGAUUGAAAUGCUGCUCCAGUUCAGGGAGUUAAAGAAUCAGUGAGAUGCUGUUUCUGUUCUCCUUAACAUAUGACUCAGUCAUGCUUCUCUAUUGUCUAUUUCUCUUAGAAGGUGAUUAGUGCCAGAACUAGACAGUUUAUGGAAAAAAACUGUAAAUGUCCCCACUUAUUCCUAAUUGAGAACAAGAGAAUUCUUUGUUGUGGUGAAUGUAUUUAGGCAUAAAAUUACAAUCAUUUUGACAUUAAAUUCUUUCAUUACUCUAUUUUCCUAGCGUGUACGUUUUACAGAUAUUUGUUGAAAUGCUGAAAACAAUCUUUCCUUCAAUGCCUUUGUCUACUUUCUCCUCUUACCUCCAUCUUCACUUCUCUCAGACCAACACUCACCCUCUUCUUUAUUAUGAACUAUUAUGAGCAACGUUUAUUAUUAACGUUGCUUUUGCCCCCACUGGUUUAUGUAAGAAGAAAAUCUAAGAUAAGAAACAAUUGGUAAAAUCAUUGUCCUAUUGGACAGGUUUCAGAGAGUUAAUAUCAAGCAUCAUGAGGCAGAAAUCAGAGCAGGAAGAGGCAUUCCUUCACUGCGCAGUGAGGAGCCCAGGCAGCUGGCUCCAAAAUUGCUCUGAGUAGUGCCCUGGCUUAAAGAGUGUCUGAAAGGCACCAGUGGCAUAGGCCUGCCCAACCUCCAACCUGCAAUUAACAGAGCCACUGAAGCCUGUAAGUGUUACACACAGCCUCCUGAGUUUUUGAGGCCAGCUGCAAUGGGUAACGUAACCUAAUAAUGCCCUGUGAACUUGCUCCUUUCUGCUGCAUACAAUGCCCCUGAACUUUUUUGCCCUUUGCUCUCAGGAAAAGCUGACGUGCAUAACCUUGGACAAUGGAACCUAAAAGGAGGCAUGCUGGCUUCAGUAUGUCCUUUGAAAGUCCCUUCUGAAGAAAGUCAGUCACUAAUAUCCUGACAGCUCCCUUUAGGACCAUAACUGCAAGGUCAGUACUGCAAACAAGUCCUGCACUGGAGAAAGGAGAAAAAGAUAGGAAUAUUUGACUUCAAACCUUCCGGUAAUUUUCAUUAAAAGAUAAAUCUUCUUCAGUCUAUUUUAAGCCUGGGUUUUUAUAACACAAAUAAAAGAAGCAGUGUGAAAAAGAUUUUAUUUCAACUACCACAUUUUCCCUACUGCUCGUUUUCAGUCUAUAAAUGCAUUUAGCAAGUCCAAAGGCAAUUGGAAAGUGUAUAGCAUAUGGUAGCUUUCCAGCCCGGUGAAAUAUUGUUCAAUCAGGUUAGAAAAUUCAAGUUCUGACUCUCCCAGAGAGAGAUUCUUUGUUCAUUACUAAGAAGACAGCAAAAGUUAACUUACUCUCCACCUGAGUCUCUUCAUGUGAAGUGACAACAUGAUCAAGGGCUCCAUUGUGUGAAAACACAGUAAGUGGCAGAAUGUCACCUGCCAUUGCAAAGCUAUACUUCAACAAACUGAGAGUUGGAGAGAUCUCAAAUAGGUGAUUUCAGUGAAGAAAACCUACCUUCAAUACAUGUGCCCCUGAGCACACUGCUUAGCCAUACUUUAGGAUACACAGGUGCCUGAGGAAGUCUUCUCUGGUAUAGCCAUUUACCAGAAAGGGUACAGUUCCACAGGGAGGGUGUAAUUCUGAUGACAUAAACAAAAGGCCACUCAUUUCCUAGGAUGACCUAUAAAAACUGAUGUAAUUGUUGUUGUUGUUAGGCCGUCGAGUUGGUUCCGACUCAUAGCAACCCUAUGCACAACAGAAAGAAACACUGCCUGGUCCUGAGCCAUCCUUACAAUCGUUCUUAUGCUUGAGCUCAUUGUUGCAGCCACUGUGUCAGUCCAUCUCAUUGAGGGUCUUCCUUUUUUCCACUGACCCUGUACUCUGCCAAGCAUGAUGUCCUUCUUCAGGGACUGGUCCCCCCUGAGAACAUGUUCAAAGUAUGUAAGACGCAGUCUCGCCAUCCUUGCCUCUAAGGAGUGUUCUGGCCACACUUCUUGCAAGACAGAUUUGUUCGUUCUUUUGGCAGUCUUGGUAUAUUCAAUAUUCUUCACCAACACCACAAUUCAAAGGCGUCAACUCUUCUUCGGUCUUCCUUAUUCACUGUCCAGCUUUCACAUGCAUAUAAUGCGAUUGAAAAUACCAUGGCUUGGGUCAGGCGCACCUUAGUCUUCAAGGUGACAUCUUUGCUUUUCAACACUUUGAAGAGGUCCUUUGCAGCAGAUUUACCCAGUGCAACGCAUCAUUUGAUUUCUUGACUACUGCUUCCAUGGCUGUUCAUUGUGGAUCCAGGUGAAAUGAAAUCCUUGACAAUUUCAAUCUUUUCUCCAUUUAUCAUGAUGUUGCUCAUUGGUCCAGUUGUGAGGAUUUUUGUUUGCUUUAUGUUGAGGUGUAAUUCAUACUGAAGGCUGUGGUCUUUAAUCUUCAUUAGUAAGUGCUUCAAGUCCUCUUCACUUUCAGCAAGCAAGGUUGUGUCAUCUGCAUAACGCAGGUUGUUAAUGAGCCUUUCUCCAAUCCUGAUGCCCCGUUCUUCCUCACAUAGUACAGCUUCUCCUAUUAUUUGUUCCGCAUACAGAUUAAAUAGGUGUGGUGAAAGAAUACAACCCUCACGCACACCUUUCCUGACUUUAAACCAAUCAGUAUCCCCUUGUUCUGUCUGAACAACUGCCUCUUAAUCUAUGUAAAGGUUCCUCAUGAGCACAAUUAAGUGUUCUGGAAUUUCCAUUCUUCUCAGUGUUAUCCAUAGUUUGUUAUGAUCUACACAGUCGAAUGCCUUUUCACAGUCAAUAAAACAUAGGUAAACAUCCUUCUGGUAUUCUCUGCUUUCAGCCAGGAUCCAUCUGAUAUCUGCAAUGACAUUCCUGGUUCCACGUCCUCUUCUGAAACCAGCCUGAAUUUCUGGCAGUCCCCGUCAAAAACUGCUGCAGCCGUUUUUGAAUGAUCUUCAGCAAAAUUUUGCUUGCGUGUGAUAUUAAUGAUAUUGUUCUAUAAUUUCCACAUUCAGUUGGAUCACAUUCCUUGGGAAUAGGCAUAUAUAUGGAUCUCUUCCACUCAGUUGGCCAGGAUGCUCUCUUCCAUAUAUUUCUUGGCAGAGAUGAGUGAGCACCUCCAGUGCUGCAGCUGUUUGUUGAAACACGUCAAUUGAGAGUCCAUCAAUUCCUGGAGCCUUGUUUUUCACCAAUGCCUUCAGAGCAGCUUGGACUUCUUCCUUCAGUACCAUUGGUUCCUGAUCAUAUGCCACCUCUCGAAAUGGUUAAAGAUUGGCUAAUUCUUUUUGGUAUACUGACUCUGUGUAUUCCUUCCAUCUUCUUUUGAUGCUUUUCCUGCGUUGUUUAAUAUUUUCCCCAUGGAAUCCUUCAAUAUUGCAACUCGAGGCUUGAAUUUUUUCUUAAGUUCUUUCAGCUUGAGAAAUGUCGAGCGUGUUCUUCCUUUUUGGUUUUCCAUCUCCAGCUCUUUGCACAUGUCAUUAUAAUACUUUACUUUGUCUUCUCAAGAGGCCCUUUGAAAUCAUCUGUUUAGUUCUAUUACUUCAUCAAUUCUUCCUUUUGCUUUAGCUGCUCAAUGCUCAAGAACAAGUUUUACAGUCUCCUUUGACAUCCAUCUUGGUCUUUUCUUUCCUGUCUUUUCUGUCUUUUCAGUGACCUCUUUCUUUCUUCAUGGAUGAUGUCCUUGAUGUCAUUCCACAACUCGUCUGGUCUUCGGUCACUAGUGUUCAAUGAGUCAAAUCUAUUCUUGAGAUGGUCUCUAAAUUCAGGUGGGAUAUACUCAAGGUCAUAUUUUGGCUCUUGUGGACUUGCUCUGAUUUUCUUCAGUUUCAGCUUGAACUUGCAUGUGAGCAAUUGAUGUUCUGUUCCCCAGUCAUCCCCUGGCCUUGUUCUGACUGAUGAUAUUGAGCUUUUCCAUCGCCUCUUUCCAUGGAUGUAGUCAAUUUGAUUUCUGUGUGUUCCAUGUGGCGAGGUCCAUGUGUAUAAUCACCAUUUAUGGUGGUGAAAGAAGGUAUUUGCAAUGAAGAAGUCAUUGGUCUUGCAAGAUUCUAUCAUUCGAUCUCCAGCAUUGUUUCUAUCACCAAGACCAUAUUUUCCAACUACUGAUCCUUCUUCUUUGUUUCCAACUUUUGCAUUCUGAUCGCCAGUAAUUAUCAAUGCAUCUUGAUUGCAUGUUCGACCAAUUUCAGACUGCAGCAGCUGAUAAAAAUCUUCUAUUUCUUCAUCUUUGGCCCUAGGGGUUGGUGCGUAAAUUUGAAUAAUAGUUGUAUUAACUGGUCUUCCUUGUAGGCCUAUGGAUAUUAUCCUAUCAUUGACAGCACUGUACUGCAGGAUAGAUCUUGAAACGUUCUUUUUGAAGAGGAAUGCAACACCAUUUCUCUCUGAGUUGUCAUUCCCAGCAUUGUAGGCUAUAUGAUUGUCCAAUUCAAAAUGGCCAAUACCAGUCCAUUUCAGCUCACUAAUGGCUAGGAUAUCGAUGUUUAUGCAUUCCAUUUCAUUUUUGAUGAUUUCCAAUUUUCCUAGAUUCAUACUUCGUACAUUCCAGGUCAUGGUUGUUAAUGGAUGUUUGCAACUGUUUCUUCUCAUUUUGAGUUAUGCCACAUCAGCAAAUGAAGGUCCUGAAAGCUUUACUCCAUCCACGUCAUUAAGGUCGACUCUACUUUGAGGAGGCAGCUCUUCCCUAGUCAUCUUUUGAGUGCCUUCCAACCUGGGGGCUCAUCUUCCAGCACUAUAUCAGACAAUGUUCUACUGCUAUUCAUAAGGUUUUCACUGGCUAAUGCUUUUCAGAAGUAGACUGCCAGGCCCUUCUUCCUAGUCUGUCUUAAUCUGGAAGCUCAGCUGAAACCUGUACUCAAUGGGUGACCCUCCUGGUAUCUGAAUACCAGUGGCAUAACUUCCAGCAUCACAGUAACACACAAGCCCCCACAGUGCGACAAACAGGCAGAAAAACUGAUAGCAUUUUAAAAUUAACUCGUUUCUAAUAUUUUACAUGUAGGGAGUAUGCACUGUGAUUUUUAAAAUGUCCAAUGAAGCACAGGAUUCUAACUAAUGAAAGACGUAUUGUCAUAAAAAUGGUGGCAGAGGUGGGCCCAAGAUGGCAGAGUAGUCAGAUGCUUCCGGUGAACCCUCUUGCAACAAAGACCCAAAAAGACAAGUGAAAAGAUUACAUUUAUAACAGGCUAGGAGCCCUGAACAUCAAACACAAAGUUAGAAAAUGCACUGAGUGCCAGGGGGAGGGAGAGACAGUUCAGAAGUGGAGAGGAGUUGCCGGACCUGAAUUGCUUGGAACCCUCAGACUGUGGUGGGCUGGUGGUAGCAUUUGGCCACAGUUUUCUCAGGGAGAAACAGCAAGCCACGCAGCCUACACACAUCUCCAGAACCAGAGAAGAAUGGCUCUCUCAGCAAAAACUAAGAACUUGUGUAUAUUUUACUGUGUCCGCAGCCCUAAAACUGGCUUAAGUGGCUGUUGAUUUCCUUGGGCCUGAGAUAGGUCCUGUUGUGUGUCCUGAGCCAUUCUGCUGGCCUUGGAGAAGGAAUAAAUUCACAAUCGGAGAAAAGAUAAUCUGUCAGCUCCACUAACCUGGGGAGCUCAGUACAGAAGAAUCUCCUGUCUGGGCAUAAAAGGUCCGUGGACUUUGAAUACCUCCCUCUUCUGCCUGGACAUCUGUGGGCCUAUUUCAGGAGAAUAGGUCCUGUUGGCAGACCACAACUGUUUCGGCUGUGCAGUGAUUACCUUGAAGGCAAUGAUUAAGAUUUUGUUUCAGGUCUAGAAAACUAUAUACCUUGACAUUUUUUAUCUCACUUUAUUUAAUUUUCCUAUGUUUUCCACAAAUUUAGAAUUAUUUCUCCUUUCUAUUUUUCUUUUACCCACCACUUCUGACCUAAGGAAUAAAGGAUUUCCUAACCUUUUUGUUUAGUAAGCUCCUAUUUAAAUUUAAAUGAUAAGAUUAUUAUAAAGGUAUUGCUUUUAAUAUGUCAUAUUUACUCUGAAUGGCUACACUUGGAGAUAUCCAUAGUUGGGAUCUUGUGGCCCACAGGGAAAGAGCCUGGAUGCCUUUGCCUUAAGCCCAUGGUGAGAAUUCAGGUGAUCUUCUCACUGCUGCAUGGCAGGGACCGGCCAAAUCAGAUCAGAAACUAAUAUCAAGCUUUAGAAUCUUAAUAUGCUGAAGUAUAUUUUUGUACUCAGAAGAUCUUUAAAAUCAAAGGGGUUUAUUCAUUUUUUAGUCCAGUGUUGAUUAAUUUUGCAUUUGUUGAAUAUCAACUACAUGCAAGGUAUACUGUGCAAGGCACUAAAUACAGGCAAGCUGUAAUAAUCCUCUCUUCACAUGCUAUAUACUCUCCUUAGGCACUCCCAGCAAUUUCCAUGGCUUCCAAACCAAAAAACCAAACCCAUUGUCAUCAAGUCAAUUUCUACUCACAGAGACCCUAUAGGACAAAGUAGAACUGCCUCCUAGGGUUUCCAAGGAAUGCCUGGUGGAUUUGAACUGCCAACCUUUUGGUUAGCAGCUUAACUCUUAACCACUGCGCCACUAGGAUUCCCCCCAUGCUUCAAUGGCCUCUUUAUACCAAUAUCUUCAGACACUACUCUUUCAGCCAAGAUCUCACCUCCAUACACACAUAAACAAAUGCCUAUUGACAGGUGCAACAUGCUCAAAGUUAAAUGUUUUUCCCCAUUUCUAUCAUUUUUCUUUCUCUAAUGUUUCUUAUUUUGACAAAUGAUACCAUCAUCUACCCAGUUACUUGGGCCAAAAUUAGAAUCAUAUAUUUUCUCUAGUAUCUCUAAAUAGUCAAGUAUCAUUCAUUCUAAUUCUAUAUACCUCUUGAAUAUACAGCUUUCUUUCCAAUCCGUUUGUCACUAUGAUAGUAUAAACUACUUUUAUCCCUCUCUUAGACAACUACAAGAGCCUUUUUACUAGUCUCCAUGGCCUCUAUUGCUCCAUUUUCCACACAGAAAUCAGAUUCAAAACAAAGCUGACAAUAUCCACUCCUUGAUUAAAACACUCUCAAUCUGCUGAAAAAUUCAAGGCUUCUUAACCUGUUUGCAAAGCCCUCCAUUGUCUGGCCCCAAAUACCUUUUCAGUUCUCAAUUUGUUCCAUCCCUCAAAAAUCUAUCCCUAGAUUUCUAAGAUUUACUUCCUAGGCAGAGCCAAAUUUGCUCUCACCUCAACAUAUAAUGUAUUCUUUUUCUACCCUUCACCCUUGCCCCCAAUCCCUUUAAUCUUACUAACUCUUGCUCAUCAUUCAAUACUCAAUCUAAAUAUCACUAUCCUUUCAAUGCUUUCUAUCCUCUCUACCAUAUAGUAUAAACUAUCACAUUCUUGAGCUAUGCUAGGCAAUUGACACAAAACCCCCAUUUUUUUCAUGAAAACUAUACUCAGAUAACACUUUCAAAUCAUCCCUAAGUUGUUUUUUAAGAGAUAAUAAAAAGAACUAUAUUUUAUCCCAUUUAUUGAAAGUUUCCUGUGUGUUAGGUGCAAUGCUGAGUGCUUUAUGUAAACAAGUUUAUUGAUUCCUUACAGCAUAUACUAGUAUUAUUUCAUUUUACUGGUGAGGAAUAUAAGGCUACAUUAGUAAAUGGCAAAACAGGAGCUUAAGGCAGAAAAUCUGCCUCCUGAGGUCACGCUAGCUAAUGAGUUAGCUGUGCUGACUCAGGCAGUCCUCAUUACAAAAUAGGCCAAAGACAGGAAAUGACAGUAGUUGGUGCUGACAUGUCAGAAGUUCCUCAGAGAGGGAAAGGGAGGUGGGAAGUUAAGAGUCAGGGCAAAGAUUAUAAAUGACAGUGAGGAGGGAACCCCGAUAAGCCAGCCACCAAGAGCCCAGCUGGCUGGGUCCAGCCUGGGAGGGUUUCCCUGAGGUGCCUUUGGCUUCCCAUUCCCACUUUCAGGUGUUCUGAGAUAGAGACCAGCUGUAAUGGUGCAGACUCCUCCUGCAAAGGGAAUGGAGUAAUUUCUCUACAGGACCAAACUGACCAGUCCUGAGGAACAUUGCUUGUGUGUCUGGAGCCAGAUUUCUAGCAGAUGCCAGAGUCUGCUCACCCUCAACACUAUCCUGACACCACCACUCAGGAAGUAGCAUCCUUUGAGCCACCUUCCCUCUGUCCCCAAAAAAUAAGUGUCAAAGAAAUUCAAAAGCAUAGACAACACUCAACUAAACCAGGACUCACUGACUACUCCGGGCAAACACAUCUCCAAAAACACUGCCUAAUUUAGACACUUUAAUGGUCCAUACACAUGGCCCAAUUGAGUCAUGCUCAGCACAGACAGUCAGAUCACUCUGAACAGGUUGACCACUACUGGCAGACCAGCAGCAGGGCAUACCAACUGCUCUGCACAUACUGACUACUUUUUUUUUUUUUUAAUAUAAUGCCUACUGUUAAAGCAUGGACUCUCUGGCCAUUGAGGAUAUAAUGAACCUCCCAGGUAGUCACAGUUGCAGAUGUAUCAGCUACUCUCUACUUGUUUAUACCCACCCUCACUUGAGCAGAGUACAUAGAUUGCCACCAUCUAUCCUGCCCCAGUUGCCCAUGGGGAAUGGG